ACCUGGUUGGUCCACUACACCCCGUGAAUACAGUUGUUCGUGCAACUGGAAUUUGUCAUCGCUGUACAGACAGCCGGACAAACGUUUUUCGAAAAGGAUUAUAAAUAUUGUUGCCUGUAAUGUGGAUGAAUUCAUAAAUAAGCAGAUUUGUUAACAAUCAAAAUGGGUGUUUGGAUCUGCCCAUGCUUAUUGGCAUUGGUGGUGGUGUUUGUGCAUACGGACGGACAGACGCUGAUGAACCACCAGACGUGUGAUCUUAUGCAAGGCCAUCAAACGAUAAUCCAGCCAGAUGCUGAUGCCUUUAUCUCUGGGUUUUUCGCUAUGCAUAACGCAGGAGAGAAUGGCGUCGGAUGUGGUGGCAUUCGGACCAGUGAGAUGCAGGCUUACGAAGCUAUCCGCUGGGCCCUGGACCGUCUGAACAAAAUCAAUGAGGAUCUCAAUGGAGAGAGGCUUGAUGACUAUUACAUUCCUGGGGUCAGACUCGGUAUGGUAGCGAAUGACUACUGCUCAAACCCAUCGAUGGCUGUCACCAUGGCAGAGGCGCAGUUCCCACAGUUUGGAGCAUCUGAGUAUGAGUGUCAGAAAAAUACAAAUAAACUUAUGCUAGGUACGGCUAAUUUGUAA